AUGAGGAGGAAAGAACCCACAUCAGGCAGGUCCAGGGACACCCCGGUGAGAAGGUCGAGUCGCUUGCAACCGGACAGAGUUGGAGAACAGGUGAGGCGUGGAAAAGUUUGCAGGAUGCAUGCUCAGAUCCCAGCAUAUCCAUUGAAAGGGAGUUAGGUUCCAGGGCUGGGGAAGACCCUUGCGCUGCCAGAGUUAGGCAGCUAGAUGGACCAAUCAGUCCGAGCGCCAAGCUGCUUCCUGUACCAGCUGGACAGCUCCUCAGUGGGAACAACCUGCCUUUCCAACAGUGAAGAAAUCUAAAAUAGUGGUUCCCUAAUUUCCACCACUUCUUGCACCACUUGAAAAUUGCUGAGGGUCUCGGCGCACCACUGAAUUAUUAUUUUUUCUGCCUGCUGUAGCAGUUGUGCGGUGCUGUGCUAGACCAGGCAUAGGCAAACUCAGCCCUCCAGAUGUUUGGGACUACAACUCCCAUCAUCCCUAGCUAACAGGACCAGUGGUCAGGGAUGAUGGGAAUUGUAGUCUCAAAAACAUCUGGAGGGCCGAAUUUGCCUAUGCCUGUGCUAAACGCUACAUAAUUUCUAACUGCAUUCUUGUUGCUGCUUUUAUUUCUUACAUAUUGUAUUUAAUUGUACAGUCAUACCUUGGCUCACCUAGCAGUUCGAAAGCAUGUCAAAGUGCAAGUAGAUAAAUAGGUACCGCUCCAGCGGGAAGGUAAACAGUGUUUCCGUGCGCUGCUCUGGUUCGCCAGAAGCGGCUUAGUCAUGCUGGCCACAUGACCUGGAAGCUGCCUGUGGACAAACGCCGGCUCCCUCGGCCUAUAGAGCGAGAUGAGCGCGCAACCCCUGAGUCGGACAUGAGUGCUCCGGUUUUUGAAAGAUUUUUGGAAGCUGAAUGUCCAGCGCGGCUUCUGCUGCUUCUGAUUGCCUGCAGGAGCUUUGGUUUCUGAACGUUUUGGAAGUUGAACCGACUUGUGAAAUGGAUUCCGUUUGACUUCCAAGGUACGACUGUAUUACUGUUUCAACAGCACAGAAUGCAAAUUGUAAUGCAGUAAAACACAAUAUAACGAAAGACGCUUUACCUCCCUUCUCAGAGGUAGUAUGCCUCUGAAUAGCCCUCUUCAAAUAUCUAAAGGGCUGCCACAUGGAAGGUGGAGCAAGCUUGUUUUCUCCUGCUCUGGAGGGUAGGACUCAAACCAAUGGCUUCAGCUUACAAGAAAGGAGAUUCCGAUUAAACAUCAGGAAGAAUGUUCUGACCGUACGAGCUGUUCGACCGUGGAACUGACUUCCAUGAGAGAUUGUGGACUCUCCUUCCUUGGAGGUUGGAUGGCCAUCUGUCAGGGAUGCUUUAGCUGAGAUUCCUGCAUUGCAGGGGGUUGGACUAGAUGACCCUUGGGGUCUCUUCCAGCUCUAUGACUGUGAAUACCAGUUGCUGGCAAUCACAAGUGGGAAGAGUUGCUCUUUCACUCAUGCCAUGCUUGUGGGUUUCCAACAAGGAUCGGGCUGGCCGCUGUGAGAACAGGGUGCUGGACCAGAUGAGCCAUUGACCCAGCAUGCUCUUCUUAUGUCCUUACAUUAAGCAUUAAAAAUACAAUCAAAAAUCAAUAUGAAUGCUUAAUCUGAUGGAUGUGCUGUUUCUGAUCUUCAACCACUAAUCCACAGACCUACCACAAAGCACCUAAACGAAGCUCACAGAUGACUCACAGACACAAUUUGGGAAUCCCCGGGCUAGAACAAUACAGUGGUACCUCGGGUUAAGUACCUAAUUCGUUCCGGAGGUCCGUUCUUAACCUGAAACUGUUCUUAAUCUGAAGCACCACUUUAACUAAUGGGGCCUCCUGCUGCUGCCGUGCCGCCGGAGCACAAUUUCUGUUCUCAUCCUGAAGCAAAGUUCUUAACCCAAGGUACUAUUUCUGGGUUAGCGGAGUCUGUAACCUGAAGUGUAUGUAACCCGAGGUACCACUGUACUUCUCCUGAUUUCUAGUUACCAGCAAAGCAACUAUUAUUGCAGAUUGUUAAUGAAGCAAAAUUCAGAUAUCUGGGUGCAAUUGACAAUGUUUCUCCCGACUCCGUCCCAGAACUGGCAAUAAUGCUGAUGGAUUUUGUCAGCCCACAGCAAUAGGGAAUCCUAUUGCUGUUGUUAGUAGCAUUACUUGGUUGCAUUAUACCAAAAGUCUCAAGGUGACUUUGCCAAGACAGUUAAAUCAAAACUAAAAGACAACCACCACAGUAAAAGCUGAAAUCAUGCAUAAAUAUGUAUCUUUUGGUGUGGUGUGAGUUGAUUGAACAGGUGAGCAACCAUCCCCAGCAGCAAAAAAUUGCUGGACUUAAAAUGAUAUUUUCAGUAUAUGUCUGUGUAUGAGUCUAAGCCAAGGUGAAACAGCAAAAGUGUCAAUGUAAGAUGUCUGAUAUGUCUCAUUUCAUGGCCUUUAUAGUCAAUUGAUACAUUUUAAUUAAAGUAAAUCUUAAUUUUUAAAAAUAUAUCUAUAUGUAUAUCUGUAUCUCUAUAUCUAAUUAACAGGCAGGUUCCUAAGUGGUUUCAGAGUAUUUGCUCUCUUUGGCCAGAAUACUUGCAGGACAGGAACAAAAUUUCCCCUUAGAUCAUCUUAAAAAGCUGAUAAUUCGGGAAAGGGGCCUGAAACAUUCCUGAGGGGUCUGCCUCCCUCCCUCUGGUGCUGAAGGAAAUUGCCUCUGUGCCACACUAACGUGUCAAAUGCUUGAACCAGGAAUGGGAAAUAUCUGGCCCUCCACAGGUUGUUGGACUACAAGUCCCAUCAGCCAGCAUAUGACCAUUGGCUGGGAAUGAUGGAACCCGGAGCCUGGCAACAUCUGGAAGGCCACAGGUUCCCUAAACUGGCCUUUAAACUUCAUAUUUGAUGGAGGAGUGAAUCUUGAAUCGAUAGCUGGAUUUUGAACACCACUUUUGGAAGGGGAGCAGAGCACAGACUUUGCUCUGUAGAAGGUUCCUGCUUCACCUCUUGGCGCCUCCAGUUUAAAAGGAACUCUUGGAUGAUGACGACGAUGACGACUUUAUUUGUACCCUACCCAUCUGUCUGUGUUGCCCCAGCCACACUGGGCAGCUUCCAGCAUAUACAAAAACAUAAUAAAGCAGUAAACAUUAAACUUCCCUAUACAGGGCUGCCUUCAGAUGUCUUCUGAAGCCCCUGAGCUUGCAAGGAAUGACACAAAUGAAAGUUUACAGCAGCACCCUUCAUUGACCCUGCAUUCACCCAUGCAGACAAGUGGGCUUUGGUGUCUCGGUGAGGAGGAGAAGGGGAGAUCUCAGAGAAGUUGGGUACACUAAGGGCAUCAUGCCCAAAGCCCAUCCUGCCCCCACAAACUGGAACGGGCACUGGCCAUACUGGCUGUGGGAGCUGGAGUCCAGUAACUUUUGAAUGGCUGCAGGUUUACCCAUCCGUGGUGGCUGGUCCAAUAGGGCAGAGCAUGCAGGAGAUUAAAGUUGCAAUUCGUGGCACCUCUCUCUUCAGAGAGCCAGUGUGGUGUAGUGGUUAAGAGCGGUAGACUCGUAAUCUGGUGAACCGGGUUCGUGUCUCCGCUCCUCCACAUGCAGCUGCUGGGUGACCUUGGGCUAGUCACACUUCUUUGAAGUCUCUCAGCCCCACUCACCCCACAGAGUGUUUGUUGUGGGGGAGGAAGGGAAAGGAGAUUGUUAGCCACUUUGAGACUCCUUAGGGUAGUGAUAAAGCAGGAUAUCAAAUCCAAACUACUCUUCUUCUUCUUCUUCUUCUUCUUCUUCUUCUUCUUCUUCUUAAAGAUCACAGGCUGCUGGGCUGUGAAAGACUCUCCAGCUGAGAAACCAGAAAGCCAGAUGGCAGCCUUGACAGCAAUGCUGGGGUUAGAUCACUCAGAGGCCUGACUUGGGCAAAGGCAGCUCUUGCAGCGCAGGCUCCUUUCAAAGGGCAGGAAGUUUUCUGUGUGAGUGGCGGGCAGAGGAGGCGGGCAGAGAGCUCCUAUCUCUUUGUGACUGUAAAAACAUCUGUGCAGCAAGAGGAAACUCCCAGGGGAGCUGCCUUGCGCUAAUUGCAAGUAACGGUUGCGGAAGGCACCCCUUUGGUCGGAGCCUUUGCACACACGUGUGCUUUCUCUCGCACAAUCCAUCAGAGCACCAAUACUCCCUCAAGUCGCUUUUGGAUGAUGACAGGGUGAUCGGUUCUUUUCCCUUAUUUUUUAAAUAGAUUUUAUUAAAGUUUAAAAAAUAAUUUGAAGGUUAAUAUCAGAGAGCUUUUCAUCAAGGAUAAAAAAAAACUAAGAAAGAAAAAAUUCCAAUUCCUCAUCUGUCAGCUAUAUGUAGAAAAUUAUUCAACACAGCCACUCCAAGAUAACACCCAACAAAUCCACUUUCUAUAAACUAUUACAGUGGUACCUCAGGUUACAUACGCUUCAGGUUACAGACUCCGCUAACCCAGAAAUAGUGCUUCAGGUUAAGAACUUUGCUUCAGGAUGAACAGAAAUUGUGCUCCGGUGGCGCGGCGGCGGCAGCGGGAGGCCCCAUUAGCUAAAGUGGUGCUUCAGGUUAAGAAAGAUUCAGGUUAAGAACGGACCUCCAGAACAAAUUAAGUACUUAACCUGAGGUACCACUCUCUUACCUUCAGUCCCCAAACCCAGAUACAGUGAUACCUUGGUUCUCAAACUUAAUCCGUUUGACUCCCAAAACCGUUCGAAAGCCAAGGCGCGGCUUCUGAUUGGCUGCGGGAGCUUCCUGCACUCAAGCGGAAGCCGCGUCGGACGUUCGGCUUCUGAAGAACAUUUGCAAACCGGAACACUUACUUCCGGGUUUGCGGCGUUUGGGAGCCGAUUUGUUUGGGAGCCAAGCCGUUUGAACACUGUGUCAUGUUCAUUUUCUUAUUCAUGCAAAAAGUCUAUAAGGGGUUUCCACCCUUUAGUAAAUGUCGACAAUGGUUUUUCUCUGAUUAAAAACAUCAAGGGUGAUCAGUUCUGAUGGCUCCUUGAAACAUGUUUUUUAAUUUCGGAAGGCACCAGGAUUAUUCCCAGGAUUGUUGGGGGGGGGGGGAGAGGAUGUGCUUUAAAAGUGCGUUAGGUGUAUAGUGCAUACGCAGUCCUCAUCAACCCUCUUUCUGUACAAUAACAAAACAAAAACCCACUGCUAAGAGGAAGUGCCCCAAUAUACUAUAAGGCACCAGCUGCCAAUCAACACGACUCUGCCCUGUUUCUCAAACGCAGGUUUCAAGGGAACCGCAAGGCUUCAGAGGAAGUCAUGUCACUGACAUCCUUUCGCCCAGGGAGAGCAUCAGAGCUCACAGGAAGCAGGCCGAGCCAGCCAAGGACCCAUCGCCCAGUCCCCCCAGAGGUCCUUCGCAAUCGUCGGAAGAAGCAGAAGCUCAUGAAGACAGCCGGCAAACCGUGUUGGAAAGAGACACUACCUUGGUGAGUCUCUUUCAGCUAGUUGAGGCAGCUGGACUUUGGCAAAGCUGUCAACCGUCCCUUAUUUGGUGGGAAAGUCCCUUAUCCCAGUGCUGUGUCCCGCUGCUGUCCCUUAUUGAUGAUGUCCCUUAAAUUUCCCGGGUUUCAAAGGAAGCAGCUCCCCUCCCUCCCUCCCUGCCUGCUGGCCAGGGAGGAGGGAGGCUCCAACUGUGUUCUUGGCUGCGUUGCUCACCCAAUAAGGAGUCUAAGAACGACUGGGGGGUGGAGCUUGCAUGCCUUGUGCCGAUCAAAUUGGCCUCGUUGCCUGGGGACUCGCCUUUGCUCAGCGCUUCCCAGCGGAGAGGUGACGGUGGUUUUCCUUGCUGCAUCCCCUUUGCCGGGUUGCUGCGCUGUGGGAACCACCGCUUGAGGCUUUGUUUGGCUGCUGGUUGACUAAAAUCCCUUAUUUUGGCUGCUGAUCCCUUAUUUUUGAGGCUGCUAGUCCCUUAUUUUCAAAUCUGUAAGUUGACAGCUAUGGACUUUGGCCAUAGCUGUGCAACACAGAUAGGGUCACUCUUAGGGUUGGGGGUGUACAAUCCAAACCCUUCUCUUUCCAAAUUCAGGACCAAACUAACUGUACCAUAGGGAGAUAUACAGUGGUGCCUCGCAAGACGAAAUUAAUUCGUUCCGCAAGUCUCUUCGUCUUGCGAGUUUUUCGUCUUGCGAUGCACGGUUUCCCAUAGGAAUGCAUUGAAAAUCAAUUAAUGCGUUCCUAGGGAAACCGCCUUCAGACCAGGUCCGGGGACAGUCUGUCCCCGGACCUCUUCUGAAGGCUGGGGGGGGGGGCAAGGGCUUUUCUUCCCACCCCCAGCAUUUUAAAAAACCCCGGGACAGCGGAGGACUUCUCCGCUGUCCGGGCGAUCUUAAAAUGCUGGCGGGCGGCAUUUAAAAUCACCCGGGACAGCGGAGGACUUCUCCGCUGUCCGGGGCAAUUAAAAGCCCCUGGGAAGGCAGGCAGGGGGACAAAGACUUUGCCCCCGCCCGCCUUCAGAAGAGGUCCUGGACCUCUUCUGAAGGCGGGCGGGGCGAAAGUCUUGCUCCCCGCCUUCAAAAGCCCUCCCGGGACAGGCAGGCAGGGGGAGCAAAGACUUUCGCCCCCGCCCGCCUUCAGAAGGUCUUCCUCCCCCCGCCCGGGUCGGAGCACCGUUCCGAAGCCGGGCGGCGGCGGGAGGUCUUCCCUCCCCCCGCCCGGCCGGAGCACCGUUCCGAGCCGGGCGGCGGCGGAGGUCUUCCCUCCCCCGCCCGGCCCGGAGCACCGUUCCGAGCCGGGCGGCGGCGGAGGUCUUCCCUCCCCGCCCGGCCGGAGCACCGUUCCCGAGCCGGGCGGCGGCGGAGGUGUUCCCUCCCCGCCCGGCCCGGAGCACCGUUCCGAAGCCGGGCGGCGGCGGAGGUCUUCCCUCCCCCGCCCGGCUCGGAGCACCGUUCCGAGCCGGGCGGCGGCGGGAGGUCUUCCCUCCCCCGCCCGGCCGGAGCACCGUUCCGAGCCGGGCGGCGGCGGAGGUCUUCCCUCCCCGCCCGGCUCGGAGCACCGUUCCGAGCCGGGCGGCGGGGAGGUCUUCCCUCCCCCGCCCGGCUCGGAGCACCGUUCCGGGCCGGGCGGCGGCGGCAGGUGUUCCCUCCCCCCGCCCGGCCGGAGCACCGUUCCGAAGCCGGGCGGCGGCGGCAGGUGUUCCCUCCCCCGCCCGGCCGGAGGAGCCUUCCGAGCCCGGCGGCGGCGGGAGGAGGUGUCCCCGCCCCGCCGCCAGGCUUCGGAGGAGGUCCGAGGACAGUGGGGAAGACGCGCUGCGCUUCCCGCUGUCCCUGAGAUUUCCCUAUGGGCUGUCGUCUUGCGAAGCAAGCCCAUAGGGAAAUUCGUUUUGCGAAGCGCCUCCAAAACGGAAAACCCUUUCGUCUAGCGGGUUUUCCGUCUUGCGAGGCGUUCGUCUUGCGGGGUACCACUGUACUUACUUAUCUAUUGCACAAGUGGGGAAAAUUUUCCGGUCCGAGGGCCGCUUUCUUUCUAGGCAGCGUUUCGAGGGCCACACGCCAAAACUGACCUAGGUCACACAGGCGCAUCAUUUAUUUGUAGCACAUUGCUUCCCCCAAAUAAUCCUGGCAAAUGUGGUUUUACAAUUGGGCAUUGUAGCUCUUUGAGGGAUGGACUACAGUCCCCAGGAGUCUUUGGGGGGAAGUCAUGUGAAUUAAAUGUGUGGCGUGGAUGCGGCCUUCCUUGAAUCCGGCGUGACUUACUUCUGUGUAAGGAAGCGCAAGAUUGCCAAGUCAGGUGGCAAUGUGAAACAGGGAGUGUUGAAAGGGCUAGAAUAAUAGGCGCAGGGAUACAGGAACUCUUUGUCAGACCUCAAGCUGUUGUUAGACUCCAGCUCCCAUCAGCCUCAGCCAGCCAACAGUCAGAGAUGAUGGGAGCUGGAGUCCAGGGUGGGGUGGGGGCAUUCACUGCUAACAAAUAAAUAAAUAAAUGGGGAAAGUACCAUUCGGAAGGUGAGCUGCCUUGUUUCUUCUGUCAGUCAGGAUUUGGUUCACAGGCAGAGUCCAUUAAUAGUAAGAGGACGACAACCAAGAUGGCUGCCACAGCUGGGCUCACUGAACAUAAAAAGACAUCCCUCCAUUUUCCUUUUCAGUCCCCCUUUGUCAGGCUGAGGAGACUGGAUGUGCCACAGGAAGAGGAGCCUUCCCCACCCCAAAAUGGGGCAAAGGAGGUAACAAGGGAGGCGUAACAAGAACAGGGGUCUUUUUUUAAGCAGAGCCAUCUGAGGAAAUGGCUGCCAUCUUCCUCCAUAUCCCAGUAGGGACAUUGGAAGCUGCCUUAUACUGAGACCAUCGAUCCAUUUAGCUCAGUAUCGUCUGCACUGAUUGGCAGCAGCUCUCCAGGAUUUCAGGCAGGGAAUCUCUCCCAGCCAUACCUGGAGGACUGGACAGGGGACUGUCAGCAUCUUGUACCGCAGGAGCAAGCAAACCAGAAACUCUUCCAUUUAACUGUGUUUCCAAUUUUGUCCGAACCGGGGGGGGGAAAGAAUGUUAAACCAGCUUACAACCAUGGCCUAAUAUCCUGGCUUGUUUCCAGGCUGUUACUUUUUGUUUUCCCAUUUGGAUGAAAUGUGAAACUACAGGUUGAGUGGAGAACCUCGGGACUGGAUGCGGCCCUCCAGGCCCCUCUGUCAGGCCCUUGGAACUCUCCCCAGCCACACAUACCCUCUCUCCAUGCUGUGGAGUUAAUAUUUACAUUUGUAGCCCCACCCACUUCUUCUUCUGGCCCCACCUACCACUGCCAUGUGGCCUCUGGAAAGUUACUUAGAUAUUAAAUCGGCCCUUGGUCUGAAAAAUGGAAGACUUCCUUGUUUGGUAGCUUGCUUGCUCAGAGGGACAGCGUGUAUGUGAUCAAAAGACUCAUUCGGAUCUCGGCACGUGAAGCCGAGAUACGAUUUUCACAACAUGAGCUUUUUCCUCUCUUGCCAGCUGCCUCAACCAAACAUUGAGUGGGAAGUGGUGAAAGACAAGAGGGCCCGGCUGCAGGUUCUGGAGACCUCUCAGCUGCGAAGCACCAAGGCCAGGCCCCAGAUGGAGAGGAGGACAACGGCCAGCUCACAAGGCAGGGUGGAAAACGAGACGCUUGCCCUUGGGCAGCAGAGCAGGACAGGAAUCACUGCCAGGUCCAAGGCGCCAACCAUGAAGAAGGCCGACUCCUCUAAGUCACAGGCAGGAGCCCCCCAAAAGUGGGCCAAGGUAUAUUAGAGAAUCCCAAAGCAUGCUCCAACAUACCCCAUAUAUUCUCACUAAACUGCUUUAAUCUGCGGAACAGGUACUUUCACAAGUGCCACGUAAUGUUUAUUCUACCCUGGCAAGGAAACAAUCCUUUUAGUGUGGCAGCGCUUAGUCUCUGGAACUCCCUGCUGAUUGGCAAGCAUCUUCGUUGUACUGUUUUUGGUGCUUGCUUAAAACUUUUUAUUGUUGUUUGGGCACGUCUAAACAUUCCGCACAAAGACAAGCCUGUCGUUCCACACAAAGGCAGGGCAAGAACUGCCACAAUGGUGAGGCAAUGCAAUUAAAAAUAUGGUAAAACUGAAACAGGUUUCGAAACAUCUACAAAGCAGUCUUUAGCAAAAUCUAAAAAUGUACAGAACAGUCGCAGGCUCCCACAGCUGAUAAUUGCAAGGUUGCCAGAAACUGUUACACACAUUUGUUUUGAAACUUAUGGGUUUUAUCUAUAUUUUGGUAAAUUUUAAGUCUACUACUUUUUAAAGUGUGAUUGUGUUGAUAUUUUCUUCUAAAUAUUUCAUAUUGUUUUGUGCCAACCACUUAAGGUUUCUUGCUGAUUAAGCGGUAUAUAAAUCCGGUUUAAUAAAAAAAUUAACAUGGAGGCAAAAACACACAGAGUUUGAAAUGUAUGAGAUAGUUGCUUUCUCAGUGGGGUGACAGAGGACACCCCCAGACUCGCUAUUUUUGAGUGAAAUUCAGUCACCUAUCGGCAAAUUCUGGCUGUGCAAUUCUAGUUGCUUUGGAGCGCUUGUGCAACAAACCCACUUCCUCAAAAGAUCUGACUUUUGGCGACAAGGAAAGCAAUAGUGGAAAUGUGUGGGAUUACAUUUACUUUGACACGCUAUCAAACCUCUCCGCAAACAAAUCAGAAUGAAUGCUCAUUCUAUGAAGGUGCAUAAAUGACUCAGUGGUAGAGCCUCAGCCCAGUAUAUCUGAAGGAGCACCUCCACCCCCUUUGUUCAGCCUGGACACUGAAGUCUAGCUCUGAGGGCCUUCUGGCGGUUUCCUCACUGCGAGAAGUGAAGCUACAGCGAACCAGGCAGAGGGCCUUCUCAGUAGUGGCACCCUCCCUGUGGAACGCCCUUCCGUCAGAUGUCAAGGUAAUAAACAACUAAACGACUUUUAGAAGACAUCUGAAGGCAGCCCUAUUUAGGAAAGUUUUUAAUAUUUGAUGGGCAGGGAAACCCAGGCAGAUGGGCAGGAAGACAUUCCCUGUCUGAAAUGCUGAUAGUGGGGUAGGAGAGCUGGAAAAAAUGCCAAUAUAUUUAUUGCACAUCUGGCAACCCAUGCGCCCUUUGGUUUCAGAUAGUGCAUAGGUAGACGGGUCUAAAAAGCCCAGGACACAAAUUUUCACGGCCCUCCAGCAGCUAUGGUGGCUCAUUUACCAAAAGUAAUUUAUUUAGUGUUAACUCCAAAAGUGUAUACUCGAUUCUGACCAAACUAAGCCUCCUAGAGCAAAAUGUACAUUGGGCUUAGUCUGGAGAUGGCACUAAAUAAUGUCCUUCUUCCUCUCAACCCCUUUUGUCUUCUCAGCGUCUCCCAUAUCGGUCUGUUCUCUGUUUCCUUCUCUUCUUGCUUAUCCUGGGCUUUGUUUGCUGGUUCGCAUGGGAACACGGAAACCCCGGCUCCUUCCUGGGGCUGGUGGGAUACGAAGCAUGGAGAUGGAGCAGCUUCCCAAAACUGUGGAAUGCGGUGGAGGAGUGCAGUAGUCAGUGCAGGCAAGUAAGGGGCAUGCACAUGUAAGGGCUACCAGCUAUUAUUUUUAUUAUUAAUUCAAUUUAGGUACCGCCUAUUAUCAGAAGAUCCCAGGGUGCGGCGUACAGCAUUAAAAACACACUGCAGAACAAUUAACAAAGAGAUUCCACACACUGCAUAACACAAAUGUUGUAGAAAAUUUUGUUGAAAUAUGACAGCCUUUUAUAAAACACUUUACUGAUAAUCCUGAAGAACAGCAACUACCGAAAUCACAGGCUGGACUUUGACAAACUUAACUAGAUUGAUCUGUCCUGGAGAGAGGAGCAGGGCAGGUUGUUUUUGUAUCAUUCUCUUUCUCUCUUUUGUAAUUGUUAUGUGGGAAAGGUAAAGGGACCCCUGACCAUUAGGUCCAGUCGUGGCCGACUCUGGGGUUGCGGCGCUCAUCUCGCUUUAUUGGCCGAGGGAGCCGGCGUACAGCUUCCGGGUCAUGUGGCCAGCAUGACUAAGCUGCUUCUGGCAAACCAGAGCAGUGCACGGAAACGCUGUUUACCUUCCCGCCGGAGUGGUACCUAUUUAUCUACUUGCACUUUGAUGUGCUUUCGAACUGCUAGGUUGGCAGGAGCAGGGACCGAGCAACGGGAGCUCACCCCGUCGCGGGGAUUCGAACCGCCGACCUUCUGAUCGGCAAGUCCUAGGCUCUGUGGUUUAACCCACAGCGCCACCCGCGUCCCUUAAUUGUUAUGUAUUAGAAAUCAAUAAAACUAUAUUUAAAAAGGAAACACUGAAAAAAGGAAAAAAGGGCUUUCAGCUGGGGGUGUUGUAGUCCAAGGUUGGGGGGAACCAGGGCAGAGCCUCGCCCUCCAAGCCUCUUGGUCUGGCCCUUGGCACUUUUCUCAGGCCGCACCCCUCUCACCAUAGCACGGCAUGUGAGAUGGAAGAGAUUCUGAAAAGAAACCAGAAUCCAUGGGGUUGCCAACCUGUCCAACAUAGAAAACAGCACCACUGCAUUUCUUUAGCCUUCACCUGCUCCCCUCUCUUCUUCCUGGCUUUAGCCUGGUGUUGGUGGAGAGCAUCCCGUCCACUUUGGAUUACGAAACGCUGACUCCUCACCACCCAAGCAUCUACCAGGCUUGGAUGGACCUCUUGGAUGGAGCCAACAGCAGUGUGGAGAUAGCAGCUUUCUACUUCACCCUACGAGACUCCGAUGUUCAUGUGGAGGAUCCCUCUUCGAAACAGGUCAGUCACUAGGAUGGGACAAUCUCUGUUCCAGUUUUUCUGUUUCUCCUUUUUCCAAGCUUCAGUCCUGUACAUUUCCACAUCUGUUUGCAUUUUUUUUAAAAAAGCCACGUGAAAAUCAACCAGCAUUUUACUGUAUGCAGUUUUGCCUAACGCACACAUUUUUGCAAAUCAGUUUCUCCCAAUAGAAUGCAUUUUGUAUGUUAUUUUCUCUUAUAGGUGCCUUGUUAUGCACCCUUUACCCCAGAACAUUAUUUUUUGCACGUAUUACUUGAUUGGAAAACUGCAUCGCAAAAUUUGGAGAGCUGUGUGUUUGUGUAAUGCAGUUUGUGUGAAUUAGCUGGAUAUGCCUUUAAAAGCAAGGUGAAUCCAUUUUAUCCCUCAUGUGUUAGUCCUGGGCAGCUAGUGCUUGAGAGGUAGAACAAUGCAAGGAUGCAUACAAUCUUUACAGAGAAAAUUAUGCAUCUUUACUAAAUUAGGUAGGGCAGAAGUUUUCAACCUUUUUUUGAGUCCACGGUUCCCUUGACCAACUACAUUAUUUCUUGACACCCCUGUGGGUCUCAGGAGCCCAGUUAUGUCACCCCUUGCCUGCAGAGCUGGCAGCCUCUCAUCCUUUUUUUUGAACACCCUCCCCUGUGAACAGUUCCCUCAGCCUCCUCUCCUCUCUCUCUCCUUGGGAGUCCUCUGGGCAGCAGCCCCUGGUCUCUGAGCUUCCCUUCACCAUUCACCUGCAGAUCUUAUAGCCAGGACUGCUGCAAUAGACAGCUGUGCAAUCUUUUGGGAAGCAGAGACAUACAGAGCCAUCAUGUAGGGGGUCUGUGGUGGGAGUAUACAAUCCCAUUGUUUCAAGACAUAACAUUGUAGGGAAGUGAAAGUUUUCAUCUAUUUUUUGCACCAGCAAUAUUCCCCCCCAAAGGGAGGUGCACCGUUCCUGGAGGUACUGCAAUACCAGGUCGAUGCAUGGAGUGGAUGGAGCAAGCCCCUAUUCCAUCUCCCAGCUCCAAAAAUCCAUUUAAUAUAUAGUCCUCAAAUAGAGGACAUAUCAGAUAUUAAACUGAUAAGAACAGAUACUACACUUGAUCUUAGCCAAAAGGCCGAGAAGCGAUACCAAACUGAGCAAAAAUUAAGCAGGUCUCCUUUUCCGAUGGCUUUUGAGGUGAUGGUGGGUACUUGGUGCCGCAAAGCUCUCACCACCCCAUCAGAAUCAGCACCAUUUCCAAUUCCACAAAAUACACUCUGACAACAUUUCUACCUGUUUUCCAACUCAGCAGCCUCUUCAUGGACAAUUUAACCCCAAAACUAGAUCAUUCUUUCGAUCUUGUCAAUUUCUCAGCCGUCUGCCCGGUUGCUUGAUGGCCAUUGGUGUGCAAUCUGCAUAAACCCGCCCACUUACCUGUUAGGUGCUGCGUAACUGUUAACCAGCAGAGGUCGCAAAGGUUUCCCUUUGACAGCUUGCUGUUCAUUCGAGAACAUCCUGCAAAAACAGCUGUGCAAGCCGAGCAAAGCAGUGCUGCAGAAUAAAUUUUCCCCUUAAAACAUUGAAACGCUGUAAAAGGAAUUCUUGGCGUGUAAUGACUGGAGAAAAUCUAUCUGGUUCUGCAGAUGCUAUUUCCUAGCAGAGCCAAAUCCUUUAAGUUUACCUGAAGAUUUACUUCCUUCUGCUCUUUCAACUUUGAUUUGAGCACGAAAUGCACAUACAACUUUGUCAUGAGUGUUUAAUACCAUCCUUUUACUGACUUUCCUUAAUUAAAUAAAUUGCAGGUAUCUCUGCCCCCCAAAUUAAUUCCCUUUUUCUUCACGCACAUAGAAAUGAACCCGCAAAUCUAUUUGAGAUGGAGAUGUGAGCAUCUCUAGGUUCCAUGCAUAGCAAUACUGUAGUAAGCGUUGUGCUUGUCGUUCUUGCAGGGCAAGGCGGUGUUUGAGUCUCUGCGGUCCUUGCCUUCUCGCGGGGUGAAGCUCAGCAUCUCUGUGAACAGCCCCCAGUUUUCCCAGUACGACACAGAUGAAUUGGCCCGCCAUGGUAAGGUGUCACGUAGAGCAGGGUUUUUUGUACUGCUUGGAAACCUUUCAACAUUCAACUGUUAGCCAGCUAAGGCUGUUGUAUGCAUUAUUAUACCAUUAAAGCACACUCAUUCCCUCAAAGAAUUCUGGGCAAGGGUCAAUGGGGAUUGUAACUCUUGUGAGGAGUAAAGUAGAGUGCCCAGAAUUCUUUGAGGGGAGAAUGUACAGUAAGCCCGCAACUUCUGCUCAUUGAACUUGUGCACAUUCAGCUUUAUGCUCUUGACCAAAAUAAUAAUGAUAAUGAUAAUCAUAAUCAUAAUAAUUAAAAAUAAGGCAGACAGGCAUCCAGGAGAAAAGAUUUUGGCAAUCCCACCCACUAUUGAACCAAGUGUGUUUUUACUGCAGUGGUACCUCGGGUUACAUACGCUUCAGGUUACAGAUGCUUCAGGUUACAGACUCCGCUAACCCAGAAAUAUUACCUCAGGUUAAGAACUUUGUUUCAGGAUGAGAACAGAAAUUUUGCUCCAGCGGUGCGGCGGCAGCGGGAGGCCCCAUUAGCUAAAGUGGUGCUUCAGGUUAAGAACAGUUUCAGGUUAAGAAUGGACCUCUGGAACGAAUUAAGUACUUAACCCGAGGUACCACUGUAUAUGCGAUUUUGGCUUUCGGUGCAAUCCCCAGAACCCCCAUGUAAAUUGUGGGCUUACUGUACUUUGAAUAUGUUUUAUGUUGGAGUUAGGUGUGUACGUGUAUAUAUUCAGAGCUGUAAGAAGGGUCCCUCCGGAGGGCCAUCUGGCAGAGUCCCCUCUCUCUCUGGCCUUCCUGAUAGCACAUUAUCUUCCCCAAUGCUUUUCUUCUGUUACGGUAAAAUCUGGGUGCAGGGUUACUCUGCCACCCAGCUCGUCGGACUAAGUCCGCGGGUCCCUGCGGAAGAAAAUGAGGUCAGCCGGAGACAGGAGCAAGUUCCAGGAGAUCCGAGUUUAUUGCGCAACAGGUUCAAGGCGAGAUUGAACAACGAGAAAGGGGUGACAUGAACUUUUGAAAUUUCCCUCCAUGUCCCAGAAUACAGUGCAAAAUACAUCCCAGUUACAUCAUGAAUACAUUAAGAAGAGGUUGGGUUACACCGGAUUAACAUAUGGAGGAGGGAGGGGGGAAUAUGCAGAGCUGGAGAUAUGCGCAGAUAAGCACAUCCUGAGAAGACAAUGGUCCAUGUAUGCAUAGUCUGUCACCUGGCAUCGCCCGGAGGAAGGGCUUGGCAGAGCGAUUUGACAGGAUUAGGGUCUUGACACCUUGCUUGAGGGAUUAUGGAGGGCAGGGGAGGUGUCAUGGAGUCCUAGAGAAAUUGAGCAAAUUGGCAAGUUGAUUUUCUAUGAAUUUUAUAGAUUUUAGUCCCUUUUGACAUUGGCAAUUGGAAAUAAAUGGAUAUAUUGUAGCGAAGAAGGCGAAGAAGAAGACAUGCCCCCCCCUUCCGUAUCACUUCGGGGGGGGGGUGCCGAUACUUCAUAUCCUUGAGUACCCCCAGAAAAAAGCACUGCCUUCCCUUUGUCUUUGGUUAAUGGUUGAUCUCCCAGGUGAUUUCCUGAACACAGGAAGCUGCUGGGGCCUGUAUUUUAACACUCUGCUAAAUCUGAAAGGGAGAGAAUCUGUAUUCACAAGCGUGAAGGCUAGAAGCUUGUUGAAUUCUGAACACUGAGUUCUGCCCUUGGUGGCAGAAUAUACAUAGAUUAUGGAUGCAUGUGGUCUGUAAUGGCAUCGGCUCAGUGGGUUUGCUUUUGGUAACUGGAGUAGCACAGGGACUGAGCUACAAGUAAAAUAGUCCUUCGUUCGAACCUCACUUCUGCCACCAGGCUACAUAGACUUAAAUGAGCCAUUCUCCCUCAUCUUCAGUAUUUCCAGUAUGGGAGUAACACUGGGGUUGCAAUGAAGGGGACAGAGGCAAAUCCAGGGGGAGAUCAUUCCAAAGGCUCAGUGGUAGAGCAUCUGCUUUGCAUGCAGAAGGUCCUAGGUUCAAUCCUCAGCUUCCCCAGGUAUGGAGGUGACUGGGAGAGUCUCCCUGCCUGAAAUCCCAGUAAGUUGGUCAGUGUACACCAGGGGUUGGCAACGUGAGGCCCAUGGGCCAGAAGCAGCCCACGAAGACCAUUUUACCAGCCCACGAACUGCCCCUGAACCAAGCCACCCGCUCAGCGAGUCCCCCAGGCACUGCGCUAAACCAGCGCAGUACGGUGCAGGGACCUGCUGUGAUAGGAAUUUUGAGGUCUUAGAUAUAUGUUAAAUGUUCAUAACUGUAUCAACCAAGCACAUACAUAGAUCAGCACAGGAAGACCGACCUGGAACCAUUUUGAUUCCUAAACUGAGCAAAUGUUUUCUCUGCAUGGUCAAAGUGGAAAAGCCUCCCCAUUGUCUUUUCCUUCACAAAUCCUGUCUUAAGGGUAUGUCUGUGUUUGAAUAGAGUGUGAGCCUGUGACCUGGCCCAGGAACUAAGUAUUUAUCAUUACAAAAGAUUGGUGGGCUCCCCAGGCAAUCCAAUCAAGUAACCUGCCAGACAGGAGAUAAACAAGGACAGGAGAAAAACAACAUUCAAAUUUCUGUUUAGACCACCUUUUCUGUGAUGUAGGUGUGAUGUAUCUGAGGGGUGGUCUUAGGUUACACCCCUUCUGUGAUGUAUGUAUGAUGUUUCUGGGGGUGGUCUUGAUCUACAGGGUGGCAAUUUCAAAAGUCUUUAUAAGGCCUUGCACACCAUUUUUCUGGGUUCCUCCUCUCUCUUGCGGGUGAGGAGAGCACCCUGUUGCAACAGAUCAAUAAAGAUCAAGCUUACUAGCUGCUUUGCUUCUCAAUAUUCUCUGGUUGGCCUCUGUUAUUCUCUCCUACCAAUAGGGAACCUAUGUAAGGACUCUAUAUGGGCUCUUGGAUACCCCAUAAGGGAAAAGGGCAGUUUUUGUUUACAACAUCUGCCAAGCGGUGCUGGAAAUCACGUCAUGCAGAUGCGAUUUUAAGAGUCUGGACAUGCGCAGAAGCGAUUUCUGGCGUUGCACUGCGCCAGUCCAGCCCGCGGAUAAUCUCCAUGGGAGUGAUCUGGCCCAUGGCCGGUAAACCUUGCUGACGCCUGGUGUACACACUGCUGAAUUAGGUGGACCAGUGUCAUGAUACAGUGUAAUGCACCAUUCCUAUGUUUCAAUAAUGCAACCUCGCAGGGCUGUCGUAAGGAUUACAAAAAGCUGAAUGCACGUGACACACCAUAUAAGCGAUGAUGACACAAUGGCCUCUUAACAUCAUUAGGAUCAUUCCAAUGGGGAAACAGAAGGCGGGUCGGUGUUAAAUCCUUGCCCCUUCCUCCCGCAGGUGCAGAUGUGAGGUACGUGGACAUGAAGAACCUGACAGGAGGCAUCUUGCACACCAAGCUAUGGGUGGUGGAUCGGAAGCACAUCUUUGUGGGCAGCGCCAACAUGGACUGGCGCUCCCUCACUCAGGUACCUCUGGGCGUCGUGGGUGGAACAGGUUCAAGAGCAUGGGCAGGGGACGGCUGCGCAUUGGAAGCAUCUGAGGAUGCGCUCUGGGGAUUGUCAAUGGGGUGGAGACUCUCACAACCCACAAAACAAUUGUCAGGGUCAGGCACUCUGUUGGGCCCAUGCUUUUGCCCAUCGGACCUGGGGGGGGGGGGCAGGCUGGCUUUCUUGCUAGCAGUGGCAGAAGCCAUCAACAGUUCCUGAGCAAUGCUGGGGGUGCUUCAAGACCCCCGGGAGCUAUGGACCCAAUUCUGUGCAACUCUUUCCUGGCUGAGAUCAGGCAGGUCCUUUCUCCCUGUUGAACUUCAGGCGCUUGGUGAGAAGACUUUUUUAAAAAAACACCUCUCCGCAGGUAUUAGAAAUAUGUAUUCUGAUUUUAUUUUUUAUUGUAUCAAUUUCACAAAUUUAUAUACUGUACCACUCUAUUAUAAUAAAACCACAAAGCCAUUAACAAAAAUAAGAAAAGAAUAAAAUUGUCAGUACAAAACAGCUAAUAAUAACAAUUAGAAACAGUUAGAAAAUGAAAAUUAACAUUCUAACUGUCUGGAUAGGCUUGCCUAAACGAAAAUAUAUUUUAGCAAGUGCCAAAAAGGGCACAGUGAAGGUGCCUGCUUUAUGGUUAAGUUUAACAGGUUCUUUGUUGUAUUGUUUGUUAAUUUGAGAGACUGCGGUGUCAUAUAGUACAUAAAUCAUUGAAAUAUAACAACGAUGAUUAACAUUUUAAAUUGCUACAAUGCCCCAGAGCAAUACUGCAGCAGGGGCAUAGUGGGUAAUUAAAAUGGCCGCUGGAUUCAGCUGCUUGGGACUUCUCAGAGCAUCAGUCCACAAAGGGGGCGAUUUAAAGAGGGCAGGUUUCUGCGAAGAGCCCCACCUGAUUUCUAGGGCUGAUGCUGGCUCUACAGUUCAUAGAGCAUUUUUGUCAAACAGGUGCAGGUCGAUGCAACUUGAGAAAAUAAAAAAUGUUCAAGGUGCAAUGUGGGGCCGGUGAGGGGUGUACCCUGAGGGCCAGGCAGAGGGGCUGUGUUUUGUCCUUAAGCCCAAGUCUCCCCAUACCUUGGGGCUUAGCCUAGACAGACAGACAAAUCUCCUAAGGUCCUGCUCACCUGGUUCCUUCUAUCUUACAGGUUAAAGAGCUGGGCGCCGUGCUGUACAACUGCAGCUGCCUAGCUAGGGACCUACACCGAAUCUUUGCCAUAUAUCGCAUCCUGGGGAAAGACGGGGCCUCCAUCCCGCCCAAGUGGCCGGCAGACCUGGCUGCCAAGUCUGGCCUGACUCAUCCCCUGAAGCUGCAGCUGAAUGACACCGGCGGUCAGCUGUAUCUUUCUGUAAGUUGGGUCGGGGUGGGGAAUAUUUUUCGGCCCACGGGCUGGAUUUCCGCACUGGGUGGAUGACAGAUGUGGCUCUUCCCUUUGCACGGUAGGCUACAUUCCAGCCUAUUGGGAAUCCCAGGACCCUCAGCUUCACUGGCCUACACCCACAAAGUAGCGGUGUCUCUAUUUCUUUCUUCUUUUUCUGCCACCAGUUAUCCCCAAAUGCUUUGAAACUUCCUAGUAGCGUUAGCCUUGGAGCCUUCAGAGACAGGAUGAACUUGAACUGGGUUUAUUAUUAAAACUGACCUACAUACAGGGCCCUCAGAGGUGGAGGUUGGCAGUUUCUGUAGACUUGAGAGCCUCUGCAACUAACACAAACCUCCAGGUGGCUUUUCCCCUCAAGCAAAAUUUCCUGGUCUUCCACACAAGCCAAUUACUUCCAUACCUUCCCUCUCCAACUGCCUCUUUUUACAGUUAAGUCAGAGGUUAGAAUUACUUAUAUUAUUGCAUUUAUACACCUCUCCACAAAGGAGCCCGAGGCAGCAUGCAUGGUUUUAUCCUCACAAUUUCCCUGUGAGGUAAAGUUAGGCCAAGAGGCACUGACCGGCCCAAGUUAAUCCAGUGAGCUUCAUGGCUGAGGGUUAGAUUUGAACCCAAGUCUCCCGGGUCCUAGUCGGACAACUCUAACCAUUACACCACACCACCAGGUGAGAGUAUUACGAGAACAACUCCCUAUCCAUUUUCUUCACACCAUGUAUCAUUUUAACACUUCUGCCAGGUUCUGCUGUCCCUUACUUGAUUUUUCCGAAACUAAACUCAGCCGCCUUGAUUUGCCCUCUCCUCCUCUUCUGCCCCCUUCAAAGCUCUCUGAUUUUGUGGUUCCAGAGCUCUCCACCGGCCCUCUGCUCCUCAGGCAGAACCUCUGAUCUCACCGCCAUUUUGAGCACCAUCGAGGAUGCUGAAGACUUUGUCUACAUUGCUGUGAUGGACUAUGAGCCCCAGUGCACAUUCUGCAAACCAAAGAGGUAGGGCGAAAAGGGACCGAAAAGGCACAUAAAAACCUGAACCUAAUAAGUGAUAAAGGCAUAAGGGGAAGGGGCCACAGCUCAGCGGUGGAGCACCUGCUUUUAAUGCAGAAUGCCACAGAUUCAUAGAACUGUCAACUUGGAAGGGACCCUGAGGAUCAUCUAGUCCAACCCCCUGGAAUGCAGGAAUAUGCAGCUGCCCUAUAUGGGGAUCGAACCUGCAUCAUUGGCAUUAUCAGCGCCAUUCUGUAAUGAAAUGAGCUAUCCAGUUGAUAAUAUCUCCAGGCAGGCUGGGAGCAUCCCCGGCCUGAGAACCUACAGAGCUGCUACCAGUCAGUGUAGACAAUACUGAGCUAGAUGGACCAGUUUGGUCUGACCCCUUAUAAGGCAUCUUCCUGUUUUCCUAAAGCUAAAGUUCGUCAUGCCUAUUCCCUUCAAUGGGUCUACCCUGAGUGGAACUUGCCCUGGACACAAGCUUAUUGUAUUUUAGUAUUUUGUUGGAAGCCGUCCAGAGUGGCUGGGGAAACCCAGCCAGAUGAGCGGGGUAUAAAUAAAUUAUUAUUAUUAUUAUUAUUAUUAUUAUUAUUAUUAUGCCUUAGAGUGGCAUAUAUCUGCUCUGGAAUUCAGAUGUUAAUGGAAAAUGGCCCAUUAGGACUGUGUUCACACAUCAUACAUCUAAAGCCCAUUCUCUGUCCCCAAGAAUCCUGGGAACUGUAGAUUGUUAAGGGUGCUGGGAAUUGUAGCUCUCUGUGGGGUAAACUAUAGUUUACAAUGAAUUCUUGGGGGGGGGGAAUCAUGGGCUUUCAAUGUAUGGUGCGUAUGCAGCCUUAGCCGCUUUGUAGGGCCACCACCAGCUUUGGGUUUCCAGGGACUAAAGGACUCCCCGUUCCCUAUAUAAUAAUGCUGUUGCGCUUGGCUUGGCACCCCCAGGUUCUGGCCGGUCAUUGAUGACGCUCUGCGCACUGCUGCCUGCGAAAGGCGGGUGAAGGUGCGUCUCCUCAUCAGCUGCUGGAAACACUCGCAUCCCGCCAUGUUCGUCUUCCUGGAUUCGCUCAGAGUCCUCAGCUACGAACCUCUGCAUUGCCCCAUUGAAGUGGUGAGUCUGGGAACUAGAGAGAACAAGCAGACAGGCCUGCUUGGAUGCAAGCUCUUUGGCGCCCUUAGGUGCUUCCUCCACUGUCAGAGCCGGCAAGCUUGCAAAUGACAGUGACUGGGAACUGCAGGAGGGGAGAGUGGCUGUUGGGCUCAGAUCUUGCUUGUGGGCUUCCUGCAGGCAUCUGGUCGGCCGCUGUGAGAAUAAAAAGGUUGCCUGGAGGAGCCCUGGGUUAGGUCCUAGUCCGAAGCUCUAACCCAGAGCUUGCCAAACAGCUGGGUUUCCAGCUGUUUUUGGACUACAGUUCCCAUCAUCCUUGACCACUGGUCCUGCUAGCUAGAGAUGAUGGGAGUUGUAGUCCAGCAACAGCUGGAGCCCCAAGUUUGUGGAAAUUCUGUUCUAACCACUACACCGCAAUGGGCUCCACUCUCUUAACGGUGUUAGUCAGGUUCAGGAAGCUGCAGGAAUACCUUCAGAAUCUGGAGUGCCAGAAUUAUAGGAACGUAGAACUUGGGAAGUGAAGGUUUGAACUCAAGCCUCUAAGGCAGGGGUCAGCAAACUUUUUCAGCAGGGGGCCGGUCCACUGUCCCUCAGACCUUGUGGGGGCCAGACUAUUUUUUGGGGGGGGGGAAUGAAUGAAUUCCUAUGCCCCACAAAUAACCCAGAGAUGCAUUUUAAAUAAAAGCACACACUCUACUCAUGUAAAAAUACGCUGAUUCCCGGACCGUCCAUGGGCCGGAUUUAGAAGGUGAUUGGGCUGGAUCCGGCCCCUGGGCCUUAGUUUGCCUACCCAUGCUCUUGGGCUUAGCCCAAUGCUCUAACCUCUGCACUAGGUGUGAGGAACCUUUGGCCCUCCGGAUGCUGCUGAACUACAACUCCCAUCAUUCCUGGCAAAUUGGCCUUGUUUGCUGGAACUGAUGGGCGUUGUAGUUCAGCAGCAUCCAGAGGCUCAGAAGGCUCAAUGCACCAAACAGGACCUGCCCAAUUAGGCCAGUUUGCAAAGAAGUGAACAGGCCUUACCUCUGGCUCCUAGUGGGGUGCAGAACCAGAGGAGGCAUCUCCCAUUAGUGGUAGCAGUAGGCAACUUUUUUCUCCUUUCAGAAACUCUUUGUCGUUCCCUCGGAGGGAGAGCAGCCACCGAUCCCUUAUGCGCACGUCAAUCACAACAAGUACAUGGUGACCGACAGAAUCGCGUACAUUGGUAAGUAGACCUUGUCUGCGUUUUAUGGCUCUGGCCCUAACAGUUCCGUGAUGGGGCGGCCAGGGCUUCCGCUUAGAUGUCCUUUGAAGUCCCUUCCAGCUGUGAUGAUUCUAAGCUAGUACAGUGGUCCCUCGGUUUUCAAACGUCUCUGUUGACAAACGUUUCAGAAAUCGAACAGCAAAAACCCGGAAAUGAAUGCUUCCAUUUUCGAACAUGCCUCGGAAGUUGAAUGACUUCUGCUGCGUGUUUCUCAAUUUUCUCAAUCAAAUUUGCAGACCGCCCUUUGCACCUUGGUUUUCAAAUGUUUCGGAACUCAAACGGUCUUCCAGAAAGGAUUACGUUCAAGAACCGAGGUGCCACUGUAUCUAUUUUGCUUUGGGGGCAGGGCAGGGAGGGGCUGGAGUAUCUCACCUUAGUGCCAUGAAAGCAAAGAUGCAUUUGGCAUAAUGUGAAGUUUGAUCCUCCUUCUGUGGCAUAGACCGGGUUGCUCGCCUUGCUCUGCUGUUCUGCCUCUCUGGACCCCCAUCCUUGCCCUUCUCUGCUUCCCUGAGUAGGAGGAAGUCAAAGGGGCAGUUUUAGAAGGUCCACUUCCUUGUCAGAGAGUUUAAAGGUGCCUUUGGUGGCAAACUGUUGCUCUACCUCAAGGCUGUAGAAGUUCAGAUCUGUGGACCCCAAUGUCCACUGUUAUUAUGAAUUAGAUUUAUUAGUUUCUUCUUCCCGAGGGUCUCCAAUCAUUACCAUUAUUGUUGUUUAUUAAAUUUGUAUACCACCCUAUACCUGCAGGUCUCUUAUAUUGUGAUAAAAUCACAAUAUAAAAUCACAAAAUACAUAAUAAAAACACAAACAACCCAAUAAUCCCACCCCCCUAAUACAUUUUAAAAGGACACUGGAUGUCAAUCAGCCAAAGGCAACUUGACCCAGCCCAUGAAUGUCCCCAAAGCCACCUCCUAGCCUGACUCCUCCCCUUUGGAUUUUUCAGCCACCCAAGCGCCCAGGAAGUCCCUAAUCUGCUGUGCAUUUGUGUGUGUUUCCCUCUUCGCCAGGUACCUCCAACUGGUCUGAAGAUUACUUCACCCGCACUGCAGGCGUGGGUCUGGUCGUCAACCAGAGCGAGGCCUCUGCAGGAACCCCGGGACAAACCCUGCGCCAGCAGCUGGAGAAAGUGUUUAUCCGGGACUGGGACUCUCCCUACGUUCAGCCACUCAGCAAACACUGGGAAUGUUCGAGAAAGUGA